AUGCGGACUGGCGAAAGCAAAGACGAUGCCCACACAACACACAAAGGAUUCCCUGCGCAGUUCAAGGUCAUGAAAGCAGCUCACCUGAGCCGUUGCGCACAAGAUUUCGACAACAGUCAGAUGUCCGCUCCUUUUUUGAAGUGCUUCACCACUGAACCCACAUUUCGCUUGUCAAAUGCAGCAACUACAAGUGUGCGAUUGCAACAUCUGCAGCAAUUUCUGCUGUGUCAUCCUGUUACAUUGGGACACACACCAUCGCACUGGGUGGACUGCUUUCCACACUGCAGUUGCCGGAUGAGAUGUGUUGUCGAACUGACGAUGUUUGCAACAAACAGAGCAUGA